UGUGCGGCCCCUCCUCUUUUGCACUCCAGCUUGGGGAAAAAGUCGAGAGGGCGUGGCUGGGGUGGGGUGCAGCUCUGGACUCCACAGAACCCCAGAACCCAACCCUCUAUUUGAAGGGUCCGACGCGUUCCUGAUUCACCAUCUCUGCGCUGGAGCUGGACGUUAUCCUUCCGGGACCCAGCGCAGCCAGGAGAAUCCCAGGAAAAUUUCUCAACCCCAGUCAUGGCCAAACAAAUAUCAGCCUAUGACGUGAACAUGCCAACCUGGAUCAUUCAUAAGAAUAGUGGGAGACAUAUUACCUGAUGCCAGGCAGUAAGUGAGACAUGGGAUGGAUGACAGAAAACCAUGGCUUUACAAUAGACAUGGGCAAGAAUAGCAACAACCUUGCACUGCACUUCAGCAUACGCUUCGACUUUGGUUAUGAUCAGAACCACAUUGUCUUCAACACCAUGGUUGAUGGCAAAUUUGGACAGGAAGUAAGGGAGACCCACUUCCCCUUUCAGAAGGGGACCACUGUGGAGAUUUGCAUAGAAUUUGAAGGGAAUUUCUUUCUGGUGAGGCUGCCUGACGGUCAUUACUUGAAUUUUCCCAAUCGCACGGAGGCAACAAACAUUGACUACGUGGGAGUUUUUGGUGAUUUUGUAAUCAGAACCUUUGCCUUCGAGUGAGCCCUGCAAUCAAGCCAGCUUCAGAGCAUUGUGGAUGCUUGCCUCUGUCUUACGA